AUGUCGGACCACCACAUGCGGUCACAGGUGGUGGAGAACCAGCACUACGAUGAGGCGCUCUCACUCGAGUCGUCGUCGGAGGGGGCGGGGUAUGGCGGAGGGGAUACUGGCAAUGUUGGCGCUGGGUAUGAGAGGGAAGAAGGUCAUGGCGCGACAGGCAUUGUGACAGGAUCGGUCCUCGGACCGCACAUGGGCGGGCGGACCGAGGGUGGGGCCGGCGGGGCGCUGGGAAUGACCCGCGGGCUGGCCGGCACGGCUGGGAAUCUCGACGAGGCGGCAUCGGGCGCACAUCGGGUCGAUGGCCCAGCCAAGUACGACGCCAGCCAGUACGACGACCUGCAGGUAUCGGCGGAGAUCCGCGACCUGUUUGGCUACAUCGAGCGGUACAUGCCGACGAGCUUUGACAUCGAGACGAGCCUCAAGCCGUUUAUUCCCGAGUACAUUCCGUCUAUUGGCGACAUUGACGGCUUCCUCAAGGUGCCGCGGCCAGACGGCAAGGACGACGGCCUGGCGCUGGCGGUUGUCGACGAGCCAUGCACCAAGCAGUCGGAUCCGACUGUGCUGACGCUACAGCUGCGGGCCAACUCGCGCAAGUCUAACUUGACGCCGAUGGCCGUGAAGGCAGUCGACCCCGUGGCGGAGCCCAAGGCCAUCGCGUCAUGGAUCGAGAACAUUUCGGAGAUGCACUCGCGCAAGCCGCUGCCGUCUGUCUCGUACUCGCGCCCGAUGCCGGACAUCGAAGCUCUCAUGCAGGAGUGGCCGGUUGAGUUUGAGGAGGCGCUGAGCAAGGCCGGUGCCCUCCCUACUGCCGAACUCGACGUCGAUCUCGCCACCUACGCACGCAUUGUCUGCGCCAUUCUCGACAUCCCCGUCCACGAUUCAGUCGUCGAGUCGCUCCACGUCCUCUUCACUCUCUACCGCGAGGCCAAGUCGCACCAGGGUGUCAACGCUUUUGACUAG